CCGAUACUCCAGCGAGUUCACGUACUCCGACACCUUCGGCGCGAAGAGGGAAAGAAAAGAGUGACAAGUUCUAAACGAACGCUCACUGAACGGAAGUGCAACGAAUCGAACGGAGUUCGUCGGUCUGCCGGCUAGAUGACGCUCGGGUACGGGCAAGAUGGCGUCCGGUCAAUAGGCGAAUAGCAGGGAGGCCGGAGGCACUCUCGAGGUUCGUGGGUGUUCUCAGCCCGGAGCUGGAGAGGCUUUUGGGGGCCGCGCGCGGUGUCGGUGACAUUUUUUUCGCUUUUCCCUGACUCGGUGGACGGCGGGUGAACAGAAACGGCGGAGUCGCGUGUGCCAUACGACGUGAAAAUGUUCCGCGAGGGAGUGCGCGUCACGUACGCGUCGCCCUGAGCUCGGCGUGUUGCAAACCGGACUCCGAAAGAUGCUGGCGUGCGAGGCGACGACAGAGGAGGCGCGUUCGCGAAACUGUCAAGAGGAUCGUGGCCGCGGCCGUACGUGAGUCAGUGCGCUCUCGGUGGAUCGAAAGACGACACGCGCGUACAAAAUGGCUUCGGGCGACAAUGUGGACGUGAUCGAGGUGGUCGAGACAAGCUUCACGGGUCCGGCGCAGGCCACGGAGGAUCAUCUCAGGCCGGACCAGUCCACGGACGAGGACAAUAAAUCCACGGGAGACAAGGUGACGGCGCUUGACAGCUCGAUAACCCAGCAUGGCACCGCGGGACUCAAAACCCCUGCGGGGGUGUCGAGGAACAAGUCGGAGAGAGAAAGAAAGAUCGGCCACAGAAGAGUUGGUGUGGGAGGUGAAAUCACGUACAAAAAGAUCCAAACGACACAAAUCAUGGGAUCGAUACAAUUGGGUAUUCAGCACGCGGUGGGCGGUCUGGCGAGCAAACCGGAGCGUGAUUUAUUGAUGCAGGAUUUCAUGACCGUCGAGACGACGAACUUUCCCAGCGAAGGCUCGAAUCACACCCCGGCCCACCACUUCUCCGAGUUUAAGUUCAAAAAUUACGCACCGAUUGCAUUUCGCUACUUUCGAGAUCUCUUCGGCAUUCAACCCGACGACUUUUUAAUGUCGAUGUGCAGCGCGCCGUUACGCGAAUUAUCGAAUCCGGGCGCCAGUGGCAGUAUCUUUUACCUAACUGAUGAUGACGAGUUCAUCAUAAAGACUGUGCAACACAAAGAGGGAGAGUUCUUGCAGACCCUUCUUCCAGGAUAUUAUAUGAAUCUAAAUCAAAACCCGAGAACGUUACUGCCGAAGUUCUUCGGGUUGUAUUGCUAUCGUUGUAAUAGUAAAAACGUUAGAUUAGUCGCCAUGAAUAAUCUCCUGCCCUCAUCGGUGAAGUUGCAUCAGAAGUAUGAUUUGAAGGGGUCAACGUACAAGCGAAAGGCGUCGAAAACGGAAAGAUCCAAAUCCUCGCCGACGUACAAGGAUUUGGAUUUCAUGGAACAUCAUUCUGAUGGGAUCUUUUUGGAGGCGGACACUUACAGCGCUCUGGUUAAGACGAUUCAAAGAGACUGUAGGGUCUUGGAGAGCUUCAAAAUCAUGGACUACUCUCUGCUAGUUGGCAUUCAUAAUCUUGACCAGGCAGCGAGGGAAAAGGCGCUGGAACAGAGGUUAUCGGCCAGCGCAGACGAAGAAGUCGGCGAAGUCGCCGGCGACGCCGCAGGAUUUAUUCAAGCGGAAAGGGAACGGGAGAGGGAAGACAGAAUAGGAGCUACCGCUCUGAACCGAUCACGAAGCAUAAAUCGACAAAGGUUGGUCGCGCAUAGUACCGCUAUGGAGAGUAUUCAGGCCGAAAGCGAGCCGAUAGACGAGGAGGACGAUGUACCCAGUCCAGGUGGGAUCCCUGCUCGCAAUGCUCGUGGCGAACGCCUCUUACUCUUCCUUGGUAUCAUUGAUAUUUUGCAAAGUUACAGGCUUAAGAAAAAGCUCGAGCACACUUGGAAAUCCAUGAUACACGACGGCGACACCGUAUCAGUACACCGGCCAGGCUUUUACGCGCAACGCUUUCAAGACUUCAUGGCCAAGACAGUAUUCAAGAAGAUACCGUCACUGGACCUGCCUGAGAUUAAGGGGAAUCAUCGCAAAUUCCGUAACCUCGUCACCAGCUACAUAGCAAGUGCGGCCUUUUCUCGAGCGUUGAAACAUUCCCCGUCGAAGAGAAAAAGCAUCACUAGGCCGCUCAGGCCCUUGGAAGGCGACUUCGAUUCAACCGCGGUGCCGACAACCGGAAGUUCGACAAUGCAUGCUACGUCACCCACGAAGGCUGCGGUGACACCGACAGACCCUGCGAUCAGCACGACCAGCACCGCGGUGUCCACCGGUUCCGCGCCGAUCGCCACCUCCACCCCAGUUAACUUCGCCAGCGGGCCGGUGAGCCCGCCCCCGUUGACCUUGGCCGCGGGCCCGGGACCGCCCCAUCAAGAACCAGUCCAGGCAACCCCGACGGCCAAGGUCACGAGUUAUCCAGCCGUCCUGAAGGGCAGGACCGCCGCCAGCCCGCCGAACCCGAAUCUGGUACCCUCCGGCAAGAUACCACCCCCUGUCCCGCCAAGAGGCACCGGUCAGUCGAGGACCGGCAGGUCCUCGGAGGAGCACCGCGGCCCCGGGACGGCCACCUCGACGUCCUCGAUCACAUCCAGCCGAGGUGGCACCCUCCCUUCCACCUGCUCCACCCCGCCCCCGUCCUUUGACGAUGCAGUGCGCUCGAACGACCAAACCCUGGCUUCCGGUGGUCAACUUCAGCAGGGUGCACCGGCCACGAUCUUAACGAGCAGUCUGAGCAGUGCUCAAUCCAAGCAGAAUAAGGUCGUGCACCACGUCACCCUUACAAAGACUUAUCACGAUGCCGUGAGCAUAUCCGACGUACACCUAGAGAGCAGCGGCAGCGGAAGCGGAAGCGGCGGAAGGGAGACGAAGUCGUCGCUGAGCGUGGAAAGCGGUGGCAGCAGUCGCGGAGGAGGCGGCCUCACCUGGACACCUCCUGCGGGCAGUGCGGAGGGCUCGACGCCCACCUGGACCGAGGGCACCCCGUCCUUCACCGAGAGUUCGAGCAGCGGUGACGCAGGUUGCCCGACGACGCCGAUCAGGGGCAGCCAGCGCCAAGACGACGGAGGGAGGAUCGCGGCCACCGUCGAAGAGGCGCUUGCCAGUCUCACUACCGAAAUGAGGCGAACGAGCGACACCGCAACGGAUCGUGUGGAGCAAAGAACGUCCCUUUCGAUGUACAGGCAAGUGAGAACGAGUUUCAAACGCGCCAGCGCGCACCGCGCGUCGAUCAUGAGGAGCGUGCAAAGAGCGUUAAGCAUUCAGCAUCGGGAGCCGUGAGGAUCCAAGUGGUAGAAUUAUUGAAGUCUUUUGAGAUCAAAAGUAGAAAAGAAUCUAGCAAGAUCUGCGGUGUUUUCGCGUACAGAUGGGACACACGUUCAGAACACAAAAGUGGAGAACGAUUCGAACUAACUACCUGAGAUCUGUGAUCACGUAAGAAACUCUGACAAUUGCUGUUUUUGAUGUUUAUCAUUCGGUAAACAGAUACUCCUCGCGUCGCGAAAAUUCGAACUAUUGAAUGUUAGAAAAGUCUCUUUAAAUGUCUCGGGAAUGAAUUAUUCAGUUCGUGUUUUAUAAGCUAAACCCGUUUGAUAACACCUGCAAACAAACGGAGUGAGAUUACAAGUGUAACAUUGAAAACCUAGUGUCUAUGUUCUAAAUCGAAACUAUGUAUUCUGAAGUCUCUUAUUUAAUAGAUGAUUCAUUGAUAAGAUAUUUCACCCGUUCCACUCCAAUUCACUUAUUUAUUCUCGCGUUCUUUAUCUUCUAAAGCAAAUCAGAAAGAGUAAUUAGCCUACGCGAAAUUCAACACACAAAUUCCACACAAGCCGUAAUCUUUCAUGCAAAAAUAACUCAUUAACGGAUCAAACUGAAUGGUAAUGAGGCUUUUCUAACGGUCAACGCAAUUCCACUUAGCCUAGCCGUAGAAACUGCCCGUCUCUCCUCGUUAUUGGAAAUAAUCGAUGCCUGUUUAACAAUUGCGAACGAUAACAGGGCGCAAGUUCGAUCUUAAUCCUCUCGUGAUCGUAGCUCAGCCUUGCGUCUACAUGUCUACUUAACUAACUGCGUAAGAGUUCAUUCAUCUUUUCUUUAUUUUUCUCUCUUCUUUCUUCUCAUUAUUCUGUUUUAUUUUUCCUUCGUUGCGUGAACGUCGUCGUGUGCGUGCGUGCGUGCGUGCGUGCACACACGUCUCCGUGAUUGCUCGCGCGAGCAACCCGAGAGGCGAGAGAAAGUGCGGAGCCUCGCUGUCAAGGGAAAUUGUCAAAGCAAUAACAGGAUCGUAAUCCGACGCGGCGAAUCGUCUUCGCGACGCGACGAAACGCGCUGGUGAUUUCCGAUUUCGCGCCGACUCGCUCAAUGGGCGCGACCUUCUCCGCGUGAUUUCGUAAUCUCGGUGCAAACGUACCAAGGAAUUGCCAGGACGAACGACGAUCCGACGGGACACGGCUCGCUUCGCGAUCAUUCGAGAGUCUGCUUCGAUCUUUUCUUUUCCACGGGACGAUUCUCGUGCACCUUUGUUGCUCGAAUAUUUGGCAUCGCGUAGACGCGUAGUCGAUUUUUAUCGCGAUACAACAUUGAUUUUAGAAAAGGAGACGCAAAUGAAACGACGCGGAGUAUAAUGAUAUCUAUUUUUCAGAAGUAAACGUUGCAGCUCGAUUACAGGAACAGUACGUUGAUGAUACGUAGACGAUUGAUCGAGAGGACACCAUUAGCAAUGUUUUUAUAAUGACAGUGAUACUUUUUUAAAAGUCUUUGCAAACGUAUGAAUCGCUAAAUUAGAAGUCAUUUUCCGGUUUAUUUCGUAGAGCGGUUAUUCUGUUCAGACUAAAUUCAUUUGGUAAGCUUCUUAUUAAUGUUCUGUUAUAAAGUGACCGCGAUAUGGUGGUGCAUAUUAGUACCGUGCUCUAAAAGAAAAGACGAAGAAGUCUCUCCGAAUUUCAGAACUAGACGUCAACCGUGUUCGCUACGUUCAUUAUCCGUCUAUUAUGUUCGAAGAGGUUACGGUUUUAUUAAAGAGCCAAUCGGACGUAAUUUACUCGUGCCUACAUUCACCUAACAUGGGUUACUCUGACUAGAAAUUGUCUCUCUGUCUCUUAAAAUUUCGCCGAAAGUGUUUCGGCAAAUGUUUGAUGCGAACGCAGAGAUAUCGUAGAACCGACGUGCCAUGGAAAAGUGACUCGAUAGAGUAGGAAGUUGCGUGCAUAAUUGGGUUUGGAAGAACUGAUGCGAGCGAGAAAGUGUUAUUGGUCUAAUUAACCCUUUAACAAUAGCAUUUCUAUGAAAGGAAUAUUCAUAAACGAAUAACUGCGGUCCUUAACGCAAGCUUACGUUUCAAUAUACUAACAUACGAAACCAUGAAUUGAGAGCAAUUCAGUUCCUUUAUAAUAUUCCGCAGACGAUUUAUAAUAUUCUAGUCUUAUCGAAACGUGUUAUGAAUUGCAACCAGAUUGCUAAAUACAAUAAAAAUCUUAAUCGUGGCCCGGUAAAGGUUUCAUUUUAUUGUCAGCCUUUUGAAAACUUUGACGAACAAUAUAUACCUCUUGUCUGAAAAUCAUUAAAAAAAUCUUCAAGCUUGCAGAAGCGUCCAUAGUAUAAUAACAUUUUCAAAUUGUCAACUAUCAUUGUAUAUAUCGUUAUAUAAAAUGAAAGUUGAAGGGUUAAAAGGGGAGAGCGAAGGACAGUGAUGGUCCAGAUGGCGCAACACCGAUACUCGCCGGCCAUCUUGACGCCCGCCAUUUUGUUUCGAUCCUAUUCUUAAUCGUAUAGUUACUUACAGACAGAAAGGUUCCUUCUUUUUUUCUAGUUGAGCGCCAAACACGGAACUAUCGAGAUAUCGCGGCAACCGGUCCAUUUCUGUCCGACCCUUAAUCCACGCGAACGAAAACGUACGAUCUACGUUUGUCACGAAUCGAGCAACCGAUCAAGUACCGUCGCCGGAACGCUCGCGUUUCGAGCGUGCCGUUACGAAGCGAGCUGUCGCUUGACCGAGAUUUUCCGGCAAUACGUAUUACAAUUAUUACCAUUAUCAUUAUGAUGAUUACUAUCACCAUGAUUACUGAUAUUAUUUAAAUAAAGCAGUUACUAUUAUUCUUACGAUUGUUUCUGUUGUACUCGUACAUGAAAUUGAACUCGAUCAUUUUCGUUGGGAGUCAAUAUUCGACCAAAUUGUUUCAUGAGUAUUUCACUUUUUUUUUGUUUUUUUUUAUUCAAAUCCUAUUUUUCCGAUACACCUUUCGCAAAAAUGAAUUGUUACCCUUGUCUAAAAGCUUAUGAGACAAUCAUCACUGUACAGGAUACGUUGAAAUUUUGUUAUAGAAACUGAACAACGGUUGACACUAUCAACGUGAGUUAUCUCGACGA